AUGCGGCGUGCUGAGGUGACGGUUGAGGAACUGCUGGUGGACAGAGCAGUCAAGGAAGAAUGCACAUAUGAGAAUCUUCCCAAAAGGCUGCAAGCAACUGUGUCUUCCAAAGAUGAAUGGCACAAAAGGAUAGUUCAGCACUGCAUAAAGAAGAGACUUCAAUGGAGUAGUUGUUAUGCCCGGAAAGUCAGUAAAGAAAAUGAAUAUUAUGACGAAAUGAUACCGUACUUGCGAAAGCAUCUUGCUCUAUUUCCAUAUCACUUGUCAGAGUACGUGUGUCGUGUAAUGAGAGUAUCAGCUUUCAGAUAUUACUGUGAUAUGCUUUUUGAAGUAAUGAAAAAUGAGCAACCUUAUGACAGCAUCCCAAAUUUUAGUGCCGCAGAUGCUUUAAGACUUACAGGAAUUGGGAGAAAUGAAUUUAUUGAUAUAAUGAACAAGUGCAGAUCUAAGAAAAUCAUGUGGAAAAUAAACAAGUCAAUAGCAAGAGAACAUUUGCCUACUCAACCUGUGGAUUUUCCAAUUGAACCAUGGUGGGGAGUUUGCCUUGUCAACUUUACAUUGGAUGAAUUUAAGAAACUCUCCGAAGAUGAAAUGGCCACAAUAGACAAAGUCUGCAAGGAAGAGGCAAAUUCAUUUGUCAUGUUUGAUGCUGCUGUUGUAAGGGGUCUUAGCAAACGAGGACUGGUCUACUUUGACAUUCCUGUCUAUCCUGAUGACCGACUCAAAGUUUCCAGGCUUGAAGGUUUUGUUUCUAACAGGGAGCAGUCUUUUGAAGAUCCUAUUGAAGAUUUGGUGUAUGCAGUUUUUGUUGUUUCAAAUGAAAAUGCAACUGUUAGUGAGUUGGCAACAACGCUACAGGCUGAUUUGUCACAUCUGCAGGCAGCUGCUGCUUUUAUGUGUAGAUUGGGAUGGGCAACAAAAGCAAUGGAUCCUCAACCUGUUGUUCUAGAUACAAGUAUACCUGGUUCUCCUAAGAGUGUAAGUGGUGACGAAGAUGCCUUUAGUGCUUGUUUGGGUUCAGAGAAUCAGCUUGUUGAUGGUGAAUCCAUUCAAGGGGAUACUCCACGUUCAAAGAACCAUGGCCAUCGUUCUUCUUAUACUCGUGUUGCUUUCAUGGUUGAUGCCAAUAUUACUUCAUAUCUUAUGAUGGGUUCUGUUUCACCAGGUCUGAAAUCUCAUGCAGUAACACUAUAUGAAGCGGGGAAGUUGGGUCAUGCCAGCAUUGAUGAUCUUUGCAAGGAUCUUAGUACUAUAGAGGGUGUAACAUUUGAGGGAGAACUACAGGAAUUCGCAGAUCAUGCAUCUAGUCUGCGUUGUGUAUUAGAAUGUCUACAAUCAGGGGGAGUACUAACUACUGAUGAAGGAAUUGGUAACAUGAGUAUGGUUACUUCAAGUAAUGAUGAGUCAAGUUCUGUGAUCACAGCAGUAUCUUCUGCAGAAAAGUCAGAAAACUCUCGUAUUUCAGAGGCUGAUAUAAACAAUGAUAAUUUAUUAGAUUCAGAAGAGCAUGAGGAGACUUCUAUUUCCUCUGAACCUGUUCCUAGUAGUAUGAAGGAUGAAACCCGUCAUAGUCCAUCGGAAGAUGACAGUGGUCACAUUCAUAAAGCUAGUAAGUCAGACACACAUAUCCCGGUUGUUGAGAAUCCAUUAAUACUUGGAAUAGAAAAGCUAAAAAAGAGAAAGAAAUAUCGUGUAGAUAUCCUCCGCUCUGAAAGUUUGGCUUCUCUUGCACCAGCAACUCUUAAUCGUCUAUUUAUUCAUGAUUAUGAUAUAGUUGUGUCCAUAGUGCCUCUUCCUAGUUCAUCAAUUCUUCCUAAACCCACAGGUCCAAUUCAUUUUGGUCCUCCUGCCUAUUCUUCUAUGACUCCAUGGAUGAAAUUGGUAUUAUACUCAACUAUAGCCCGUGGUCCUUUAUCAGUUGUUCUGAUGAAAGGACAGUGUCUGAGCCUACUUCCUGCUCCAUUGGCCGGUUGUGAGAAAGCCCUUAUAUGGUCUUGGGAUGGUUCAGCAAUAGGAGGGUUAGGAAAGAAAGUUGAAGGGAAUUUAGUAAAGGGUAGUAUACUCCUACAUUGUUUAAAUUCGCUUCUUAGAUAUUCGGCUGUGUUGGUGCUUCCUCUCAGUAGGGCUGAUCUUAGUAAAUCCGGAAAUGUAAUUACUUUGGAUAUUCCUUUGCCCUUAAAGAACUCAGAUGGGACUGUUGCCUCUGUAGGAAAAGAGUUAGGACUGUCUGAAGAAGAAAAUUCUAAGUUGAAACCUCUCUUAACUGAGUUGGCAAAAACGGCAGAACUGUCAUCAGUUGGUUACAUUCGCCUGUUGAGAUUAUUUAGUGGACGAGAAUCAAAUAAACGCUCUUCUGGCACAUAUGAUUGGGUUCCAUUAAGUGUGGAAUUUGGGAUCCCGCUAUUUAGUCCAAAAUUGUGUAGUAACAUAUGCAAAAGGAUAGCUUCAUCGGGAUUGCUUCAGUGUGACUCAUUUAGUGAACACCAUGAUGCAAUGGUAAGCUUAAGGAAAAAGUUACGCGACGUUUGUGCCGACUAUCAAUCAAUCGGUUCAGCCGCAAAGCUUCUUUACCAUAAAGAGCAACCCAGGGACUUCUCUGGACCAAUAACAAACUAUGCUAGCGGAAGAUGGAAUUCAUUUAGGGAUGCUGCUUCUCCCAUUUCAGGGACAUCAACUCCACAACAAAGGGUUAAACUUGCUAAUCGACAACGCUUCCAAACCGGAGUAUUGUGCUUCGAUGGAAGUAACAUCAGAUCAUAUGCAUUAGCUCCUGCUUAUGAAACUUCCACAAGAACUAUUGCAGAAAUGCAGCAUACAGAUACAACUAAUACUGAACUAGAAGAAAAUGAUAGCAAAGAAGCAACCCUCCCUGGCGUUAAUAUUAUUUUUGAUGGUUCCGAGUUGCAUCCAUUUGAGAUAGGUGCUUGCCUCCAAGCUCGCCAACCGGUUUCCUUAAUAAUAGAGGCUGCAACUGCUUCAGCAUCUGCAACAAUCAAAUAGUUACGAAGUCAUUCCUACACAUUACUCCUCUUUGAUACACAUGAAUGACAAUGCUGUGUGCCAUGUGCCAAUGUUAAUGCUACUUCCUGUUUCAUGGUUGAUGAUUGUGCACAAAGUUGGCCUCAAGUUUGAAGAUUUCUUCUAAAUCAGAAUAUUCAAACCAGUUGGAGAGAUGGAGCUCUGGAGACUAAUUAUUUAAUGGUCUUUAAAACAAUGUAAAUACA